UAAAUUGAUUACAUAAUAUUAACGUAAGUGACUUAAAUUAUGCAAAUAAUAUUUGCUAUUAUUUGUUUGCUUACAAUUGUUGACUUUUUGUCAACACUUCCCGUCAAACAAGUAAACUCGUGUCCCGUCGGUAGCUAUCAAUGUAAUGGUCAACAAAAUCGGUGUAUAAAUCUGAGUCAGGUUUGUGACGGACGAGCGGAUUGUCCCGAAGGUGAAGACGAAAUGACUGGUUAUUGUGGUCAACAAAACAGAGUAAAUGCUGAUUACGAUAACUAUAAUCCGGGAAAUAGUUACUUAAAUGAUGGCCAAGAGUUUGCUAAAAGAUUUUUGGACGCAAAAAGCCGACAACUAAUGGAGGAAAUGGAAAAACAAAAUCAUUCGGGCAUUAACUUCGGGUGCGGUGCAGGUCAUUAUCUAUGUAAUGGUACACUAAAUAUAUGCAUAAAAUUAGAUAAAUUAUGCGACAAAAGAAUUGACUGUCCGCACAGUGAUGACGAGGAAAGGGAUCUUUGCAAACGAUUGACUAAACCUCACACUAAUAAUGCAAAUGAUGAUGAAGAUAAUGUCAAAGAUUUUGUUGUGGAUACUAAUAGUUUUUCGGGAUCGGGAUUCAUGUUUCAUGUGGACAACCUUUUCAUAUUCAACUCAACUGUUAGACUGUUUGAUCAAAACUCUGAUAAUAUUGCAUAUAAUAGUUCAACAAAAUUAGUGUAAAUAAAAUGUUUACUUAUAAAUGCAAUUUUAA